ACGAUAAAGGAAUAAUAUUUUACAUAUUUGUGGGAUUUUAACAUUGCUAUAUCAUUACUACUCUGAAAGAUAACAAGAAGACCAAAAUGGUGGCAGAAGUGGAAAUCCCUUCCGAAGUCGUAGAGCAGUACGAGCGUGAUGGCGCCGUUCUGCUGAAGGGCGUGUUCUCUCCGUCGUGGGUGAUCAAGGUUCAGGACGGAAUAAUGAAGAAUCUAGAGAAACCUUCACAAUACUCAGAGCGUCUUGUUCCAGGCGAUGCGAUCAUCUUCCACAUGAAGACGGUCCACGGUGCACCUGGCAACGCGUCCUUCUGUACUCACCGACGUGUCCUUUCUACUCGCUGGCUCGGUGAGGAUGCUGUGCUGGCAACCCGACCGUGGGAAGUCUCACCACCAAUUACCGGAGGCCUCAAGCCUGGUCAGCGCGCCGUGUGUGACACAUUCCCGAUUGUCUACACCAGCGACGGGCGGAAGACAGCGCCUCUCAUGCAAUCGACUCCCUUGUUAGCAGCUUAUGAAUCUCUUGUAAGACACUUUAAUAAAGAUUUGCUUCGGCUUACUCCUGUGAGAAAUAUGCGAGAGCUAAUGAGUCUGGAGCGGACUCUGCCAAAGACGCUAGCUAGAAUGCCAAAUAUGAGAGUAAGAGUGGGAACAUAG